AUGACUAAUCCCACAUCAUUUCAAAGCCACUCAUUCUCUGGUUGCAGAAAAAAGAAUGAUGAUUCCAAUAUCUGCCCUCAAUUACAAACCAACCAACUGACUCCAAAACAAUCAAGAUACGAGAAUUAUCAAACACCAGAAUAUGUCAACUUGGUAUUCCAAAACACACGACAAGCAUUCGAACAGUCACAACGUAAACAAUCCCGAACAGUAAAUGAGAAGCGUCGAAGCAUCACCUUUGAAGCAGACGAACACAAUCAGUCUCUUCCAUUCAGACCCCGGCAAGUGAAGAGAAUACGAUUGGAAGAGGUGCGGAACUCUUCACAGAUCGAGAAAGAGCGACUGGUCCUUCUGAACGUCAGAGAAUCGUUCGACAACUCGUCGUUCGGCUACUUGACGAACGGCACUGAUGUUUCUAGCAGCAGCGGAUUGGCGACAAUGAUAACCGGAACUAUUCCGUCUGUUUCUGUACGAAAUGAAUCGGAGCUGCGAGAGUAUGAUGUAGGGCCGGGAGAGAGACCGCGUCCUUUGUGUUUGUCGGUGUUUGGAAAGCCGGCGCCCUUUGUUUCGGUUAUUAGAGGCGCGCAUGUGCGAGUUCCAUUCAGUUGGACGAACGGCAGUCGCUGUUUGCAAGUGGAGGACUCAUUAGCACCGUAUGAGGAGAGUGUGGUUUACAGUGUGGUCGCGUCGAACUGCUUCGGGAACAGCACUAUUUCGUUUUCAGUGGAAGUGAGAGGUGGUGGUGACAGUGAUGAAGAAUUAUUUCCUUGGUGGGCAGCUGUUGUUGUCAGUAUUGGGUGUGGUGUACUUGGAACUUUCAUUCUGUGUCUCGUCUGUUGUGUGUGUCAUCGAAAAUCUCAAGGACAUCUUAAAGUCAAAGAAAGCAAUGGAACAACUUCUUGCAAUAACAAUAAUAAUAAUAAUAAUCCAGACGACAGACAGUACAUUGAAAUGAAUCCGUCAAAUGUGUCACCGUCACCACGACGACAUUCAAAAGCAUUACGUCCAAAUUCGAAAGCAUUACCUCCAAAUUCGAGUCACACUCUGCCUGUGCGGCCGUAUGCAACUGUCCGAAUAACUGCAGCAGAUCCGGUUUAUUUAGGCUCACCUGCCGUCGGUAGUGGAAACGGCACAGUAACACAUGUGAAUGAUGCUUCUGAUAACGAAUAUGAAGUGAUGGCUACGGUAUCCAAGAAAUCCAAGAAUGACUCUCAGUAUGAAAGGGGCUGUGCUGCAGUCUCGAAGAGAGCUAGCGAUCUCAAUCAGUAGAUCGGAUUUAUUGCUGAUAAAACUGAGUCGUUAUGACCAUGUGUCACUUGAUUCAGUUGGAUUAUGGUUUACAGAUAAAUGUACAGACAUUAGAAGUUCUCAAACAGACAAAGUAGCUCAAUUGUUUCCUACAGAUGACGGGAUGACUAAUCCCAGCAUUAGAAAGCCACUCAUUCUCUGGUUCCAGAUAAAUGAAUGAUGAUUCAAAUGUCUGCACUCAAUUACAAACCAACCAACUGACUGCAAAAUCGUCAAGAUACAAGAAUCAUCAAACACCAGAAUAUGUCAACUUGGUAUUCCAACUCACAUGACAAGCAUUCGAACAGUCACAACAUAAACAAUUCCGAACAGUAAAUGAGAAGUGUCAAAGCAUCACCUUCAAAGCAGACGAACACUCUGACGUUCAGACCCUGGCAAGUGAAGAGAGUAAAGCAUAGAGUUCAAAUUCAUAACAGACUUGCAGGAAACAAUACAAUCACAACAUGAGUAUCAAUUUGCUUAGAACGUAAAAGUAUUCAAUGACAUUAGGCUAGUGCACUUAGAUGCGUACAUUACCCAAAUAUUGUAUGAUAUAAAAAUUAUAUUAUGUCAUGAUAUUGUACUGACCGACUCCGUGUACUGUACAUGAUUGUUUAGAAUUUUGUCAAUUAUUAUUCCUACCCACAACUGUUUUGUAGAUAUCAUUAUCUAUGAACAAUUUUCAGUCCGUAGUUGUACAUAAUGAUAUUUCCUUUCUCCUGACUCGUACCAGUGGCUAACACCCUGCAGAUCAUUGUAACUUUUCCUACUGAAUCUGUUUUCGCUUACACAGAUCUCUCAUCAAAUCUAUGUUGUAGAACUAGUGUAGCAUAUACUAAAGUACUGUAGAUGGUUGUCAACAUGAUGACCUAAAAUUGUAACACACACA